AUGUCGUCGAAUACGACUACCCGUUCAAAGGGAGCGAACAAGAACUCCGCGCUAGAUCCACAGCCUAGAAUCAAGGUGUCCACCCCUACAGAGGCAGAGACGUCUGAACCAGCGGUCAACCCUACUUUAUUAGAAGGCUCACAAGAUAGUGGAGGAGACGAGUCCUUAGACCUCAUUAGUAAAAAUCCCGAAUUAUCAGCAGAAGCAUUAAAAACAAUCGCGGACAAAACUUCCAUUCCACCCAAGAAAGAGCUCCCGUCUGAUAAAGAAAGGGACCAUAUUUGGUCUAAGAUCAAAUUAGCUCAAGGCGAGGGAGACAAAAUCUUAGCAAAUGCUUUAUUGGUAGCGUAUGAAGCGAUGAACACCUCCGGACCUAGGCCUGUCAUGACCACAAGAUCGGCAUCAGCAAGACCCGUUCUGUGCAUCUCCGAUCAUCAAUCCUUAGCAACGACCGCGACGGUAACGGAAACUGAAGAAAACGUGGUUUAUGCAGUAGGAGCCGUCACGAGUCAUCAAGAUAUCGGUUUCACCCCUUACUUUGACAAAAAUAUUCGUAAAUUGAGGGUGCCGAUUCCAUUAACCAUCUUUGACAGAGAAUGGCAAAAGAAAGCCCUCACAGCCCACAUGUUGUUGAAACCGUCAAAAUCCUCAGAAGACAAAGCUUAUAGAGGCUUAGCGUAUCACGACGAGUGGAUGCAAACUCACUCUACCUGGACGAAUAACCAUCGAUCCUUCUUUAUCACUUUAAGAGAUGUGUACAACAAGAGCAUUUUCGCCAACAAACUUCUGAUCCACAAAGCGAAUUGCGAUGAGAUAGCGGACGUCUACGGGUUCAUGACAGCUUUCAGAUACAAUAUGCAAAUCAGAAUGAACGCAUUCGCACACAGGUUACCUUCGAAGGACGGCGCAGCAGUCCCAGACAUUACGGUGAAGCAAGACGUAGUCGUAGAACAAUGUUAUAGCAUAGUGAGAUCUCACGGGGAAACCAGUUGGAAAGAUAAUCAUUACGCACCAGGUGGUUCGCUGUAA